AUGUUUUCUAUUGCAGCUUCGGUCGCCAGACUGGUGAAGUUUUACGGGACUCCUCUAAUAACUACAGGAGGAAUGUCAAUGGACUUCAUGACAGACAAGACUACGUGCGCCAAUGAAUACCACAUGCUAGUUCGUGUUGGGACCAUGUCUUUCUUUAGCAUGUCAGAGUUUCUCAUAAGCGUGAUGGAUAAGUAUGGAUGGAAAAAAGUCAUGAUGGUGUACGAGAAGAACGGUUAUUCGCGGGUUGCGGGCGAACACACGUGCCAUCUCUUCAUGCAGUCACUCGUUGGAGAACUGAAGAAGAAAAAGUUCCUAUACAAUGCGUACGACAUGGACAAGAAUCCAGAUGUUCCUGUGAAAGAGAAUCUAAGACGGGAGAUGCAGCUCACCUACAGUAGAGAGAUUGUGGAGAAUGCUCGACAAUACUUGAAAAGAAGUGUAUGUCCAGCCUCGGUGGCGUAAGGGUUUUGGGUAGCGUCCAAGUACAUGCAACUGGGGAACGUGGAUUCAUGUCCCGUGCAUGACAUGCACUUUUGCAUCGUGUGGUUGUGUCAUGCUUUGGUUCUCACAUCACCGUGCCGUGUAUCCCGUAUAAACACCAUUCCACAGUUAAUUAUUUACUCGUUCCUAUAAUCGUUCACCUCGCAUGCCGUAAGAUUCUUCAUCCUUCGUGCCUGAUUCUUCUUGCAGUGGAAGGCAAAGACAAACAGCCCUUGUGAUCACCAGUCCAGGAAAGGGGAAGUCAUUACGUCAUAACGUUCCUUUCUCUCCUCCACUCAAAAAUGAGUAAGGCACUCACUAAUCAGCGUAAAUAAUACUAAACUGUCAGAGAACAUAAGAGAAGACAAUACGCAUUUGCCCUGAAAUGUUUAUAGAACGGUUUUCGAUGAUGCUGGAGCGGUGAAAAAAUGUUUUCUAUUUUACUAAUCCGCCAAGCGAUUUUCCUAAUGUUAUUAAUUUAGAUAAUUUAUCUAACAUUGAAUGAUUUAAGUUUCAUUGCAUCUGUUUGUGCAUAUUACAAUGUGUAUUUACAAUGCAAUUAAUUAUUUUAAGGAAGGCAUUUGGUUGAGCUGAGAAGAGAAAGAAACGUUUAUCACAGCGUUAGAUUGCACUUCUUUUAAUUGUUUUUAAGGUUGAUGAGGUUUUUGAGAUAAUUACUUUUUGGUAAGGUAAUUUUAAGAGGUAUGAGGUUAUUAGCGUAACUAUUUGAGUAAGUGCUGUUUAUGAUAAAAGGGAAAUAGCUAUCUGGAGAAAUGAGUAUAGUAUGUAGAGAAUGAAGGAAGCUGAGAGUUUGUGAGAAAAAUGUAGAUGAAAAAGGGGCUAGUAGUCUUGUUAUGUUGUGUUCUUUAUAACGAGUUUGGGCAACACAAAAUUUUCAAGACGGUUAUUGUUCAAAGAACUCCACUUCAUGUGUUGUGACAGUAUGUGUUAUGAUAUUGGUUAAUUAGGUCAUAUGAGAGAGCUGAUGGUCAGUAAAUAAUUGUGUCUCAAGAGAGUUUCUAGGGAAAUUACCUAUUAUUGUUAGUGCAUAAAGCAAUUAACAAAUGGGCGUCCCAUGUUUUAGCAGUCAGGGCGUUCGCCGUCCACCACUGGGACCGGAGUUCAGUUUCCGGAGAAUAAAGUGAAACUUUCGGUGGACAAAGCGGGUUCGCGGGAGGUUUGCUUUGGGUUCUCCCGGUUCCCUUGUCUCUCAAGGCGCCGCUUCUCCACCAACAAUCAUCAUUUCAUCAUGUACACCCGCCCACCAAUAAUGCGUCCCACUCAUUCUAGGGUAUGAUGGAAGGAUUCGAUGUAGGAACCAGAAUGUUGAAAUUAUAGUGGCAUUGUGAUUGUGGUAAAUUGGGAUUGGGGUCAUAUCGAUAUAUCUUCAAAUGAAGGUUAAGACAUAAAACAAACAAUUAGUAAUCGUCUAGUACAGAGCUGCCCAGGCGCUACAAUAACGUAACCACGCUCUGGCAAGGGAGGGGGGGGGUGCGUUCUGUUGCUCUGCACUCAGCCCGUCCGGAUGGAACGGAGCGUAAUGUAAUGCCCUGUAGUGCGUUAGCGUACCCAUUACCUAGCGUACAGCUCUGCUCCAAUUGUCUGUAUCGGACGUACAGCAUCACUGCUCUAUACACUCAAUAAGAUCUAAUAUUUUAAUAUACCUUCCUUGCUCUGCAUUUAAAAAAAGGAAUAUGCACAUUAUCUCUCUAUGGUAAUCACUUCUAAAGAACAAGCAGAGUUUUGAAGCUACGAUUUCUUACCGUUUAUUGAAUCGCAAAGAUCAUUGAAGUUUCAUUGCCUACAAACUUUGACAUUUCUAUGUAGGGUUAACUAGCUUAAUUAAUUUUUUCAUAGUAGGACUACUUAAUAUGAUGUUGUCUGUUUCAUAUCAAUAUUACAGUGAUAUUA